AUCAUAAAUAAAUUAAAUAAUAAAGUGUCGUUUCUAGUUAGUUCUUUGGGACCGAAGUGCUUUUAAUCAUCGUACAUUUAAGUGAUUCCUAAAUGACUUGGCAGAAUUCAUUAACACGCCGCUGUGUCAGCAUUAUAUCAAGCCAACAGCGCAAACUUCUAAUCAUCAACACCAGUCAAAUAAAGAGUGAAACAUACGGUCAGCGGCAUUGGUGGAGCAAAGGCAGUAAUAACCAUCACUUCCACCACUUAAGGUCAGCACAAGAGCGAAGGUUUCACAGCACAAUAAACCAAACACAACGACAACAACAAGACGCACGCACAAAUCUUGGCAUUUUAAACAGCUCGACAUCAUCACCGGUAGCCGUAAAUAUGGGUUCAGCAAAUUGUAAGGAAUAUUCAACGACAAACUCUAAAGGCGUUGAAAGUAGUGGAGCCAAACAACAGGAUGGCACUUAUCAGUCUACUUCCGAUUCCGACAUGUCGGAAUACACAAACGCUGUGGAAGUCUGCAACAUCGACGACCUGCAGGAGAAUGAAAUGAAAAAAUUCAAUUUCGAUGAGAACACUCAAGUACUGGUGAUAAAACAAGAGGGCCAGAUAACAGCGAUCGGCAAUAAGUGCACGCAUUAUGGCGCCCCUUUGCAUACUGGCGCACUGGGCUUGGGACGCGUACGUUGCCCUUGGCAUGGAGCCUGUUUCAAUACACGCACGGGUGAUAUUGAAGACUUCCCCGGUCUCGACUCGCUGCCAUGUUUCAUGGUGCGCGUCGAAAAUGAUGGCAAAGUGAAGUUGCGCGCCAAGCGCAGUGACCUGGAGAAGAACAAGCGCUUGAAGAAUAUGGUGAAACGCGAUAAGAAUAACAAGCAUAGCAUUGUGGUUAUUGGCGGUGGCCCCGCAGCGGCCGUAUGUGUGGAGACGCUGCGUCAGGAAGGCUUCUCCGGCCGUAUCGUGAUGUUGUGUCGCGAACCCUGUUUGCCGUACGAUCGCAUAAAACUUUCGAAGGUCUUAGACCUUCCUAUAGCUAAAUUGGAAUACCGCGAUUCCGAUUUUUAUGCCGAAUACGGUAUUGAAACGAUGCUCGGUGUGGAGGCAACCAAAGUGGAUACAACUGCCAAGCGUGUGCAUUGCUCGAACGGUACUGAGUACAAGUACGAUCAACUCUUUAUUGCUACUGGUUUGAAUGCCCGCAGACCGAACUUGCCGGGUGUUGAUUUGAAGAAUGUUUUCACGGUACGCACACACGAAGAUGCGAAAGCAAUAUCGGCUGCACUAACACCAGAGACAAAUCUCGUAUGCGUGGGUGGCAGCUUUAUUGCUAUGGAAAUGGCCGCGGCGCUAGUUAGCAAAGUCAAAACGGUCACUUUGAUAUUUUCGGGCGACUAUCCAUUUGCACUUUUCGGUGAAGCCGUCGGUCAACUUUUCUUCAAUUUAUAUCGUGAAAAAGGUAUAAUCAUGAAAAAUCACAGCCAACUGACAGAGUUGUAUGGCAACAGCGAGGGCGCUGUCAACGAAGUGGAGCUCACUAAUGGAAGUAAAUUAUCCUGCGACGUUGUUGUAUUGGGUACUGGUUCGACUUUUACCACAAAUUUCCUUGAACAAUCCGGUAUACACGUCAAUCGCGAUGGUUCCAUCAACACCGACAUGCAUCUGAUGACAAACAUCGUGGAUGUCUACGCGGGCGGCGACAUCGCCAAUGCGCCCAUACUCGCUGCUGCGAAUCAACGCGGCUGUGUGGGUCAUAUACAAUUGGCAAAGUAUCAUGGCCGUGUGGCCGCACUCAAUAUGACCGGCACUAUUGAGGACUUGCGCGCGGUCCCAUUCUUCUUUUCCAUGGUUUUCGGUAAGGGCAUACGAUAUGCCGGCUAUGGUAUGUUUAGCGAUGUGCUGAUCAAGGGUGAUCUGGAAGCCUUUAAAUUCGUUGUUUAUUAUUUGGAUGAUCACGGCAAUGUGAUCUCUGUGUUGUCCAUUGGUCAUGAUCCGGUUGUGGCACAGUUUGCUGAGCUGAUUAGUCAGGGCAAGCGCUUGCAUCGUUCGCAUAUUGAGAAUGGAGAUAACCACUUGGAGUGGACACGCAUGUUGCAGGAGAAAAAGGCGCGGGUGCCCUGUGAUUGUUAGAAAGCAUUUAUCUUAUUGUCGACGCUUUGGUAUUUAUUACAAUUAAAAAAUAUAUAUGUAUAUGCAUAUGUAUGUGUAAACAAAACAUACAAACAUUAUUCUAAACAAUAAAAGAGA